UUUGUGUCAUUCACGUCAACGUUGAACGUCGGUAUUAUGUGUUUUGUUUUAUUCGCGUUUUAAAUAUUUAAAACAAGUUAUUAAUGAUCGAAUUCUUAUCAAAUUAUCUUACUUAAUAUUAUUUAUCGUUUUUUAAAUAAUCUAAACCAACUUGUACUGACGCUAUUGGAGAGGACUACAAUCGGCGCCUUUUUGCAGCUUGUUGGAUUUCAAAAUGGCGUCCUGCGUGUUUAUAGUUAGACGCGGUGCUUGUGUUCUAAGUGGCUAAAAAUAGAGGAGUUUUAAAUAUAUUGUGGCACAAUUUCUUAAGUAAAAUGGCCAAUACCGUAAUAACUAACUAUACAGAUCUCAAUGGACCUUCAUCUAAAUCUGAUAGUUCAGUUGUUGUUAUUGUCAACAAGGAUGGAUCUCUGUCUGUGGAUCAAAACUUAUUGGGUACUCUCAUGGGGACUGAUGGAUCACAGAGUGCUGGUAUAAGUGUGGUCCGGGUUGGCCAUGAAGGCCGACCUGAUGAUGCCACUGAUUCUGAAAAUGAAGAUGAUAAGAUACCACAUGUCACACUGUCUGUGGACAGCUAUUAUGAUGAACCCAACAGCAUUAUCAAGUAUGAUAGUGGUGCUGAAAUGUUACAAUCCUUAAGGAUAGAAACAAGGGAAAAUAGUUUAGUGGGAUUCCAAAAUGACCACUGUUACACAUCACUUACAUCACCAAGCCAAGUAUUGCCACAAGGAAAUGAAACAUUUAUUGGUUUUGAGGAUCCUGUUAUUGAAAUAACACACACACCACCACCAAAACCAGUUCAAAGUAAUAAAAAGAUCACAAUCUUGGAACAGCAGAUCAUUCCUAAAGGUAAAAAGAUAAUCUUAAACCCAGCAGAAGCAUCUGUGAUAUUGAAGGGUAAUGACCUUUUACAUAAACCUCUACCUGUCUUUACUAAAUCAAAGCAACUUGAAGUUGAAAAGAAGGCAGAAGUGGAGAAAAAACAUGAUGAAAACAGUGAUUCAUCAUCAGUCAGUUCAUCAAGUGAGAGUGCUCCUGACAGAGACUCAGAUUCUGACUAUAAAGAUACUAAGGACAGAUCAUUGUCUAUGAAGUUAAAGAAACCUAAAAUGAAACCAAGGAUUUUAAAGACUUCAAUGUCCUUAAAGGAAACAAAACUAGAUGUUAAAACUCCAAAACCUAAAGCUAACAGGAGUAUAGUUCGAAGAGAUAUAAGAGAAAAGAUUCAACAAAAGAAUGCUAUGUUUGAAAAGAAAGAAAUUGAUUCACCAAUGACUCCAAAUAAAGAAAGCCUUCUAUCAUCAGUCACCUCUGGGCCAUUUAGUGAUCAGAGCAAAGUAGUAUCUAAACAAGUACAAAAAGUUGUUAAAAAGGAAAAGAAAACCCCAGCUCAUGUGACUGCUCUGCUCUCUGAUAUGACUUCACUAUUCUCAACUCCAGAUGUUAUCAGAAGGGUAUCCACAGACACUAAAAUUGUAUCUAAACCAGAAAAAGAUUCAGUGCCAAUGAAUAAAAAAUUAAACAUGUCUUUAAAAUCACCAGAGAUACAUGAUACAAAAGGUGUGGAUCCUAAGAAUGAUAUUUCAGAUAAGCUUAAACCACCAGUGGCACAGAAAACAUAUAUAAAGCAAAGUAAUAAGAUUCCCACGGAUAAACCUGGUAAGACUUUUGAUGCUAUCCCACAGUUGGAUGAUAUGAGUCUAGCACAAAUUCUGCAAGACACAACAACACCAAUGAAAAUCCAACCAAACAUACCUUCAAAUGUAAGCCCAGGUUUGGCCGAGCCUUUGUUACCUUCAUUGGUUCUGUCUGAUCUACAGCCAAUAGAAGAAGGUUUACCAGAAGAUGUAUUGAUGCAUGUUGCACAAUUAGUGGAAAGCUCGGAGAAUCUACAGGAAGUUAUUGACAAACAAGUUCUUGGUAAAGUUGAUACAUUAUCUAAAAUGCAACCUUUGGUCCCAUCAACCUUACCUCAACAUUCUCCAGCUUCAAUGGCUUCUUUACAAAUGUCUAAAACAAUGAAAACAAUGGUCCCUAAAAAGGAUCCAAUUGAGAUUGUGAGAAGGGAUGGACGUGUUAUUACUCUACCACCAAUAGAGGCACCAGCCACAAGAGCUUCUAAACGGAAAAGUCAAGUGGAGUCUACGGGAUCUAAUGUGGGCACUCCAGUAAUGGCUGCACCACUGUCUCCAGUUAUACAAACCCCCGAACCAGUGCUCCAACAUGUUUCAAAACAAUAUGUUAAUAGAAAAUUAAGUGCAAGAAAGCAGGAAACAGUACCACCGGUUGAAGAACCUUCUGCUGAAUCUCAAGAAAGCUUAAACUCUGAAGAUGAUCCUAAUAGGCUAUGGUGUAUUUGUAAGCAGCCACACAACAACCGCUUCAUGAUCUGCUGUGACAGUUGCCAAGAUUGGUUCCAUGGCAAGUGUGUCAACAUUACAAAGGCGAUGGGCCAACAAAUGGAGGACCAAGGCAUUGAAUGGAGAUGUCCAAAUUGUGUUAAAAGCAUUAAAACUAAAACUAAUAAGGCUGCUGCAGCUGCAAAAAAUGUCGAAAGUCACGAAACAAGAUCACUAGCGUCUUCAAUACUGCCCAAAGACACCGGGUCUAAGACGAACUGCAUCGUGUGCAAGAAGUCGGCGCGCGCGAGCAGUAUUUACUGCAGCGAUGCUUGCAUACUGAAACAUGCACAAGAUUCCUUAGGCACUCAAGGACAGUCGAAAACAGAUGAUAUUGGACCAGAAAAAUUAAAAGCAGAGUCGAGGGUUAUUGUAUACGAACGAAAGUCGGGAAGAUUACUAGCAGGACCAAAUGCUCCGACUGCAGAAAAUCUGAAGUUAUGGUUGCAAAAGAAUCCAACAUUCGAAGUAGUACGUCCCGGCACACUCAGCACUAUUAAACCGAAUCCAUCACGUAAGAAGUCAGCCGGUGAAUCAAAUAAAAUUCAAACAACAUUGAACUUUGAGAAAUUACCUAAGAAACAGAGUGAAAUAUUAAAACAAGGUCCACAUGAUUACAAGGAAAAAAUUUCAAUCAAGCCAGUUACACCGAAAGAGGAAGCUAAACCGUUGCAAACUAAAUUUUUAGCAACACCCAAGCCUAUAACUCCACCACAGAUAUUUGACACUCCAAAGUCCCACAACGCCCCCGCUACCAGGACUAGUGAAGCUCGAAAGACUGUACGCACUUCUAACAGGUCCCAGUCGUCUCAAGAAAAGGCUCCAUCAGUUACACCGCCGACGCCGCGGAGGAAGGACGUCCCGGAACCCAAAAUGAAAUUGACUUCAGCGGAACCUAUCAGAGACAAUGUAAAGAAGGCUCUGCAAGAGCAGAUGAGCAUCCGAAUGGCGGAGACUAAAGGUCCCAAAUUUACUGAGGAAGAAAUUCUACAAUUUGCAAUUGAUACCGAGUUUGAAUUGCACGAACUGUUCCGCGAUGUUGGUAUGAAAUAUAAAGCCAAAUACAGAUCGCUAAUGUUCAAUAUUAAAGACAGGAAAAAUUUAUCACUCUGGCAGAAAAUAUGUGAUCGUACAAUAACCCCUGAACAGUUGGUAAGAUUAUCUCCAGAAGAAUUAGCCAGCCAAGAACUGGCGCAAUGGAGAGAUAAGGAAGUUAAGCAUUCACUCGAAUUAAUAAAGAAAUCUGAAUUAGAUCUUUUAGCUGCAAACAAAACGUAUGUACUCAAAACACAUAAAGGAGAAGAGGUAAUGGAAACUAAAGAGUCAGUAUCAACAGAGUUAGAUCCCAAUGUUCCAGUGGAGGAUGUUGUGUCAGCUCUCAAUGACUCCAUGGGCAAUGAGCCAGCUGCACAAGAUGCUAAGGACACGCCAAAGAAAUCUGAAUCAGUCGGUCACAAAUCAGGUAAAAAGUAUGGCAGCAGUAAAAAGAAGGACAAAGAGAAUGGACUAACGAGCCAUUCUAAGAGUAAACGUGAAUCUAAGAAAGAUUUGGAUAGUAGAAAAUCACGAUCGUCUCGCAGGAAAUCUACCAGGAAGGAAAAGGAAGAACGAAGGAGGCGAUCCGACAGGAAAUCUCGCUCACGAUCACGAUCGAGAACAGACUUCAGUAAAGAUAAAGCCGAUACCAACGAGACUUCGAAGUAUAGAUCGCGAUCUAGAUUGAAAUCUAAGAGGAGAUCUAAAGAUAGCGUGAAAUCGACGUCGCGAGAACGCGAUCGCUCACGCUCCUCGGGACGCUCGCGGCGACGCUCACGCUCCAGAGACUCCUCCAGGCGACGCUCACGGUCCAAACACAGGCAGAGCACUGAAGACAAGGUCAAACAUAGAUCCAAAUCUCAAGAGAAUACAUACAAGAGCAAAAAUGAUUCAACAGAUUCAGAUUCAGCAGAAAGACCGAAAUCGGCAAUGCUAAAAGAAACUCACCCGGAAUACGACCCGCAUGAACCAAUGAUAACAUCUGCGUUCUCCGAGGAAGAUUUACGAAAGUCCAGAGAAGAUGUUUAUGACGAUUAUAAAAAUGAAAUAACUAAUUAUAGUGAAGUCGACUACGAUCCGUCAAAGUCUUUCUCAAUCAACACCAGCAUAAUGCCAACAGACACGUACUUGCCAAAACAAGAUAAAGCACCGGAAGUAGAGAGCGAUCAGGAGCCGAGCAGCACUGUGGAAAGUUCAGCACCGAUUGUUUGGAACGGCUGCAUCAAUAUGGUGGAUGUCGCUAGAUUUUAUGUCGCAGCACAUGAGGUUUCAGGCAAUGCUAUGGAUUUAGAAGAGGAUCUGUCUGCGGAGUUGGAUGUCGUCGGCAGAAUAAACCCGGAUACGGUUUGGGACUACAUUUUGAAAAUGAAACGAGCCGGCAACAAAGACAUCGUCAUUUUGCGAUUGCAAGCCGCCAAUGAUGAAGAAAAAAUGCAAUAUAUAGCGUUAUACAGUUAUCUUAGUAGUCGGAAUAGACUGGGCGUGGUGAAGGUGUCGAACACGGCGACGGUGAAGGACCUGUACAUCGUGCCGCUGUCGGCCAACGCGGCGCUGCCCGGCGUGCUGCUGCCGCUGGACGGCGCGCCGCUCGACGUCAAGACGCAUCUGCUCAUCGCCAUAGUCAUACGACAGAGGAAAAAACGAAUACACACAAAUGUUCUCAAAGAAAUCAUUCCCGCUAAGGUGAGAGGCGAGUCGCGCAAGCGGUCGUACACGCCGCCGGUGGGCGGGCGCGGCUUCACGCCGCCCAGCUCGCCCAAGCGGCGCGCGCUGCCGCUGCCCUCCUACACCUCGCCCGCGCUCUCCACAUCGGUUAAAGACAAAAUCGCAGCCACCUUGGCGUCUGCGGACGACGAGGAGGCGUACAGCCCGGGCUCGUCAACGAGCAGCGGCUCCGCGCCCGCCGCCACCUCGCUGCGCAACAAGAUGGAGGAGCUCAACAGACAGAUUGAGGAACAGAAGCAGCAGAUCUUGAAGAUGGCCCAGGCGGAUUCAUCUAUAUUAGAUCCUUCGGAGGAAGCAUAUUCUCCGUCGCGCCCGAUGACGCCGCCGGAUGCGGAGGGCGGCGCCGGGAGCGUGGUGAGCGGGGCGGGCGCGGUGCCGCUGGCCGACAUCGCGCUGCCCUCCAACCUCCAAGAGAUCCUCGCCUCCAUCAAGCAGCGCACCCCCGCCCCGGCCCCCGCGCCCGUACCCGCGCCCGCGGACAUCGACAUGCGCCAACUGCCCCCGGCGUAGCGCCCGCAACAUCUCACACAUGCCGAAUCGACAUGCGUAUCAACACAAAUCUAGUGAUUACACACUAAAUUGACAAUGCAAACUGCUAACCUAGAUGCCCUUUCAUGACAUGAAACAGGGGUCGGCAACUAUUCUUGACCCCGAGUGAAAAUGAUAUAACUUCGGGUCGGAUUUAAAAUCGAUAAAAAUAUUUUUGUAUUAAUCCAAAGUUUUAAAAGACUAAAGUAAAACAAAUAUAGAAACUAAAAAAGUUAUAUUAGGUUUUAGUGCCUGUUAAAUUUAAUUUUUGCUUUAGAAAUAAAUUAGGUCACUUGGUGACUUAAGGUUUACGACCCCUGACCUAAAAGGUUUACAUCAACUUUAAGCAACCAUGCUUUGCUACCCCUGAUCUGACAACUCGGAGUGUGACACACAUAAUUCGAUCUCCUGUUAUUUUAAGAAUAUAAAAAUAGGCUAGUUCUGGCUGACUGCUUUCAGCAGACAUUUGUUCAGAUAAUAUUUGCAACUGGCAACACUUUACCACGUUUUUUCCGAAAUUCCACCAUAAGUACAAUAUUUUCCCUAUUUGCAUUUAUACAACAUUCUAACAUAAAUAACAUUAACAUUAACGCACAUCUCUAUAAAUACACCGAGUACAUAACAAUUAGUUUGCAUAUAAUUUGCACAAUAAGAAAUCAUGUUAAUAAUUCGUAAUUAAUCAUUUUCAAGGUUGGAUUGUGUUGAUAUGAAAGUAUAUACUUUGGGAGUGCGUUUUGCAUACCGCCUUACAGCAGAUCAUGUUAGAUCUAUAACGGAAUCUAAAACGGUUUUUCUUUCUUAAUUUUAACGUUGACUAUUUUGUUUUAUUUUAUACAUAAAAUGCAUGUUAUAUAGAGUAUAUAGCACAUAGGAAAAUUUAAAUAUGCAAGGCAUAUUUAGAGUAAUAUCGUGUGCAAUUGUAGGUAGAAUGUAUGGAUGUGAGUCACUAGAUGAAUGAAGAUUGUAGAUAUACAUGUUUUGUGAAAAAUAAUCACACAUAAAAUUGUGCGUAAUGAUUUUAAAUAACAUUAAUGUUUUCUUUUUUUUUAAGAUUACGUAAAAAGCAAUCAAUGAAAUACAUUGGUUUAGUUCAAAUUUUAGUAAAUUUGAGGCAAAUAUCUAAUAAUUAUUAUAGUUUUAUUUUUAUCUUAGCACAUAUUUUAGGAUGGCAGUGUCAACAUCACAUUUUACAUCAUCAAUGUUUAUCAUGGAACAUUUACAACUCAUCAAUCUUCGCUAGUUGUAACUUUUAUUAGCGACAUUUUUAAUACCUAAGUUUGUUGUACAUACCUAAAUUGUUAAUAAAAAAAAGUAUAAUUUGAUAUUGUACAAAUCUAGGUUAAACAUUUAUUGUUUAGGGAUU